UAGCGGAGCAGCUGCACCUGCUUCUGCUUCAGAGGGGGCUCUCCACGUCCCCCAUCUGCUCGCUCCCUUGCCCACACGGUGGGUGGAGGAGAUUGGGUACCAGCAGAUUGGGUUUACAGACAUCUCAGUGGCUACUCAGCCAGCCCCUGUCUGCGCUGCUGAUGCUGCAGUCCCUGUAUGGGACUCCGCUCAAGCCGCUCGCUCGUGUCUGGGUUGCUGCGCAGGAUGCCAGCAUGUCCCCAGCUGUUCCCGUGAGGACUGCGAUUGUCCUCUUAUCCUUUCCCGUGUGCUCCCGUUCACACCGGGCUGCAAACUUCACCUCCGUCAUCAGAGCAUCCCUCUGAAAGCACUCUGCUCAGCCGUGAAUCGCUCCUGACUCUUGACGGGCAGGGUUACAGGUCCUCCGCUUGUAAGAGAGAGCUGUCUCACAGAAUCAGACUCUCCAACACUCGGAACAGCGGCAACAGAGCAGCAUCUGGAGCUGGAGCUGAAUGGAUGCGUUAAUGGGUUGAUGCCGAGAUCAUCGGUCGGUUAGUCGGUCGGCAGGGGAAGCUAAGGAAGAAGGCUUACCAUUGCCGUAGGACCUGAAGAUGGAGUAGUGAGAAAGGCAUCCCUCAGGAUUCCGAGCACCUUUCGCUGUGGACUCCAGCCCCACCCGAGGCUGCAUGUGGAGCUGAGGAAACUGACCCACCGCUUGCUUUCCUGGGAGCCCCUUUCUCUCCUAAUUCAUGAGCCAGCAGGAUGCGGUCGCUGCGCUUUCAGAACGCCUGCUCAUAGCUGCGUACAAAGGCCAAACAGAGAAUGUGGUUCAGCUCAUCAACAAGGGUGCCAAGGUAGCCGUUACCAAGCAUGGCCGGACCCCCUUGCACCUCGCUGCCAAUAAGGGUCAUCUUUCUGUGGUGCAGAUUUUGCUGAAGGCUGGCUGUGACCUCGAUGUGCAAGAUGAUGGGGACCAGACAGCCUUGCACCGGGCCACUGUGGUGGGAAACACCGAGAUCCUCACAGCGCUUAUCCGGGAGGGGUGUGCCCUGGACAGACAGGACAAGGAUGGGAAUACAGCCCUGCAUGAAGCCGCCUGGCACGGAUUCAGCCAGUCAGCCAAGCUGCUCGUUAAAGCCGGAGCCAAUGUGCUUGCCAGAAACAAGGCAGGGAACACAGCUCUGCACCUGGCCUGCCAGAAUAGUCACUCCCAGAGCACUCGCAUCCUCCUGCUGGGCGGCUCCCGGGCUGACCUCAAAAACAACGCAGGGGACACCUGUCUGCACGUGGCUGCGCGGUAUAACCACUUGUCCGUCGUCAGACUCCUCCUCAAUGCUUUCUGCUCUGUCCAUGAAAAGAACCAGGCUGGAGACACGGCCCUCCAUGUGGCUGCUGCCCUAAAUCACAAGAAGGUAGUUAAAGUCCUGCUGGAAGCUGGUGCUGACACAACCAUUGUGAACAAUGCAGGCCAGACCCCGCUGGAGACUGCCCGCUACCACAAUAAUCCUGAAGUCGCACUACUCCUCACCAAGGCUCCCCAGAUCUUGCGCUUCAGUCGUGGGCGAAGCCUGAGGAAAAGGAGAGAGAGGCUCAAGGAAGAGAGGAGGGCCCAGUCUGUGCCCCGAGAUGAGGUGGCACAGAGCAAGGGAAGUGUCUCAGCAGGAGAUACCCCCAGCAGUGAACAAGCAGUACCCCAAAAAGAGGAAGCUAGAAGAGAUUGUCCACCAGCUUCCCAGGAGCCAAGAAAGGAUGAGAGGAGGAGAAAGUCGAGGCCAGAGGUGUCAGCGUUAUCUGACCCCACCCCAGCCGCAGACCAACAGCCUGGACACCAAAAGAACCUGCACAGUCAUCACCACCCCAAAAAGAAGAGCAGACAUCGGUGUUGGUCCCCACCUCCACCCCACGGGUUCAGGGCGUACCAGCUAUACACGCUGUACCGGGGCGAGGAUGGAAAAGUGAUGCAGGCACCAAUAAAAGGUUGUCGCUGUGAACCUCUAAUCAACAAGCUGGAGAACCAGUUGGAGGCGACUGUGGAGGAAAUCAGAGCUGAGUUAGGCUCGGUGCAGGAUAAAGUGAACGCGAAGCUGGGCCAGAUGGAGAGCAAAACCCAGCACCAAAUGUGCGUUUUGGACAAACUGAUGGUGGAACGGCUGUCCGCGGAGAGAACAGAAUGCAUGAAUCGCCUGCAACAGCAUGCAGCUGCUGAGAAGCAGGAGGGAGAGAAACGUCAGAUGUCUUUGGUAGAUGAACUAAAAGCCUGGUGCAUGUUGAAGAUCCAGAGUCUGGAGCUAAGACUCUCUGGAGAGUCUCGGACCUUCAGAGCUAAAUCCACACCACCUCCGUCUGACUCCACUCCAGCUGUAGACCAACCAGUGGUAGCUGCAGGGCCAGGAGCAGCUUCCGACAGCUCCUCUCAGGUUGUGAGGCCCAAGGAUAAGGCGCUCAAUGCCUCGGCUGCCCACAGCCACCAGCAGGAGCUGCCUCCCUCUGACUGUACAGGGUCUGGGUUAAGGAAGAUCAAGGCCCCGGGUGCUUCCAGGUGUGAUCAGCAGACUGGAUCCUGUGUCAACCGAGGCACUCAGACCAAGAAGUCUGGGAGAAGUGGGCAGACCAAGCAUCGAGGCCAGCAGCCCACUGCCAGCAGCCCCAGUGGGCAGCAGCCAUCAGCAGCAAGCAGUGAUGUGCGAGACGCCUCACAAGCCCUGGAGCUAACUCAGUAUUUUUUUGAGGCCGUUUCUGCACAGAUGGAAAAGUGGUAUGAACGGAAAAUUGAAGAAGCACGGAGCCAAGCAAGUCAGAAAGCUCAGCAGGAUGAGGCCACAUUGAAGGAACACAUCAGAAGUCUGGAGGAGGAGCUUGCCAGGCUGCGGACAAAGGUGCAGAAGUAAAAGCCAGACCCUCAGCUGGACCCAACAGGGUUUCCGGCUUGAUAACAGCCAAGUAACGGUGUCCCAGGAGUUGGUUGUCACGCCCAAGGUGGACUUGCCUUUUAGAAAGUCACGAAUGUGUUGCGGACACAUAUUUCCUGUGCUCUGAAAUUACAAGGCCUUCACUGGUUAAAAUGAAUCCUGGCAAUAUGUUCACAAAAAGCAAGCUGCACCCAGAUGAGGUGUGUACCCAAGUCUGCGAUUCAGUGACAUGAACUAUGUCGGCAGCAAAGCAGAUUACUCUGCGAGCCCAGUAGUCAUUCACAGCUGCUGUGACUAGACAGUCCUUCUAACGGAGCUGGGACGCGGAUGCCGGAAGCCCCUUUUCUCCCAUGUGACUCAAGAUGCUCAUCUUUUAAAGGGGUGAAAAGCGCUCAGGUUUUGAGGAAAUACAUUGUAAUGAUCUCAGUGUCCAGUAUGUCUUAAAGUAAUGUUAAGGGUCAUGUAAAGAAGGAGUAAUUGCUGACUGUCAAACUCGAAAAGUUUAAAAUAUUGGUCAGUUACUGUGGUUUUAGCCAAAUAACUGAGCAGACUAAUGGAAAAAAUCCACCAAACAACUCCAGCUAGUUACCUUAGCUUGAUUGCCUUUCUAACGUCAAGACUUUUGCUGGUUUGUAAAUAAGGCAGAAUCAUGAAAGUUUAAUUUUGAGUUGACUCCUCACUGAAGAACACCAAGCCAUCAGAAGGCUUUACUUGUUCGCGGAGUAAGAUGUAACAGACUGAGGUGGUGACGAUAUCUGGGUUGGGACCUAGGAUUUGUCCUCGGAUCCUUUGGAACACAGAACAUGGAUUAUGUCCGUCUCCAUGAUCCACAUACACAUAGGAACUUCUGUUUCUCUAAGCCUAAGGACCUCAUAAAUCCUGUCCAUGAAUUGUGACUAAAAUGCUGUUCAUUGAGCCAAAGAGAAGUGACCUUUGUGAAAUAGUAUGCAUUUAUCCCUUUGUCAAGCCAAGUUCUUCCUUUUUCUUAUAGUGACACUCCAUGGAUGUAGACAUUCCUGGAAACAUACAGGGUAGAUAUAUGAGUACAGAAUCUAGUGAGGCCAGUUAUUUCAUGGGACUGACCCGUCCUCAGCCUCUUGGGAGGUGCAGAUUUUUCCCAUUCUCCUUCACUGGAGUCCUGUCCUCAGCUCACUUGCCCCAUCCCUGCUAUGACACUCCCUGGACAAAAUGUCACUGGACCUGCCUAAUACUAAGUAAGAGAUGAAACCCCGAGUUCAGCAAGUUAUGCUCCAAGCAGGAGUUAUUUUCACUAUUAGAAUACUUAUUACCUCAAGAUACCCUUGACAAGAAAUGCAGACAUCAACUGUAACUGAACAUCAAAUCUAGACCACAGACUACCUUGGUGGCAGUACUUUGAUGCUAUACCUCCUACCCAUCAGAAGCAGGCAGCUUAUCACUGUGAAUGGAUGUUUUUGUCAAGUCAUUAAGCAUAAAGCCAGGCUAUUGAAUAAGGCCAGUCAGCCCCUUACCCACAGGGUUGACUUCUAAGGAAGUGGUGGUUGGCUUGUUUUGGAAGGCUCUACUGUGUACUCUAGACUGUCUCAGCCACCUGAGUUCUGGGAUUAAAGGAGUGAGCAUGGCUAAUCCUGUGUUGUUUGUAACACCCGUCUUAGGUUUGUUGCAAUUGUAAAGCACUGAAGAUCAGCUGUGUCUUUUCCCCUUGUGCUAUGUGCAAAAACAAGCAAAUAUCCCAGCUGUACUUUUACAGAUAACUGUUUAUAUCACAUACUCUCACAUAGAUCAUGCUUCAAACUGAGGCCUAGGAAGCAUCAACAGCUGUGGAGAAACAUGUUAUAAAACAGUAAUGUUGUAUAUUAUCAAUGUCCUUUUUAAAAACAAGUAAUUGUUAGCACAUCCCUUAGACUGUAUUCUGAGUAUCUGUGAUGGGGUGAAAGUGUUAGUCUAGCAUCGCUUUUUAUUUGAGGAGUCCGGAAUAUAGGUUUUUCAUGUUUAGAUUUGUGUGUGCAAGGCAUGUUGUCUGAUUUUAUCACAUGGAACUUGUGUCUCCUAUAUGCAUUAAAUGUUGUUUUCAGUUCUGCUAGUA